GGGUCAAAUUUGAGAUUUUAUGUCAAUAUAUAUACAUAUAUUUAUAGUUUAUGCAAUUCUUCUCACAGCCUUACAAUUAUGGAUAGAUUUGUGAUGAAACAUACAGUAAAUAAAAACCUAUUGCACAGGAAUACCUUGAGCCUUGGAAUGUUUCAUUGGCGGUAAACUCCACAAAAACGGUUGAAAACGACUGAUAUAGACCAUAUUUCAUACAAUUUGCUUAUUCAUUUUAUUGUAGCUCCAUGUAAGAAUAAUUUGCAUUUUAGAUUUCAGUUGGCAUAUCAUUUAAUAAUAAUAGUUCAAAUAUAAUGACAUCAUUAGCAAGAAAACGACUGAUGAGGGAUUUUAAAAGAAUGCUUGAUGACCCUCCUGAAGGAAUCAGUGGAGCACCUAUUGAAAAUAAUCUCAUGAAAUGGGACGUUGUUAUUUUUGGUCCUGCUGAAACCCCAUUCGAACAUGGAAUAUUCAGAUUGAGUAUGGAUUUUACUGAAGAUUAUCCAAACAAACCUCCAUCUGUUAAAUUCAUAUCAAAAAUGUUUCAUCCAAAUGUUUAUUCUGAUGGUAGAAUAUGCAUUGACAUUUUGGAAAACAAGUGGAGUCCGACAUACAAUGUUUCUUCCAUUUUAACAUCAAUACAAUCGCUUCUUGAUGAACCGAAUCCAAGUAGUCCUGCUAACUAUCAGGCUGCUCUUUUAUAUAAAGACAGUCGCAUCGAUUAUGCAAAAAAAGUUUCUGUAAUUGUUGAAGAAAGUUGGAAAGAAUGCAAAUCAUGAUAGCCGCUAUAUUUGUGUAUCAUUUUUACUUCAUUAUUAGAUAAUAUGAUGUUCUUUUUCUGCCCAUAUUCUUAUAUUGAAUUUAUUAAUAAUCGUGCGCAAUUAUAUGACAAUAGCAUGUUCAGUAUUGAGUUAAUUACAGAGUUCUGUAGGUAGAAACAUUAUUCUUUUAUUUCAAAUUUAUGUUAGCCAAGCAUCAAUAGAUCAGACGAAUAAAAGUCUGUCAUGAAUAAAUAUGCUUAAUGUGGAAUCGUCAUAAUAUUAUUGAUCUAUUACUUAUCUAAAUGAUUUCAGGCUGUAUUAAUUAUUCCCCAGAAUAUUUGUGUGGUUACUUUCUUCCUGCCAUAAAUUCCCAUACAUUUCUGUCAAGUACAUUCUAUAUUAUUAUUUCAUUUUGCAAUGGUAUUCCAAAAAGUUUCACUGAAAGUUUUUGGUUUUAUUAUUUUUUGGCAAAGCAUAAAUUUCUAUGUCAUUAUUUAGCAUUUACCGUAUAUGGUCUAUACCUUUUUUUAUCAUUUAUAUUGUCUAUAUCUAGCUUAGGGACUUCAAUAUUGACUCAGUUUUGCAAUCUAAGGUAAAAAUGGUUUAAUUGUGUCUGUAUGGGCAAGUCUGACAAAUCAUUACUGAAAUAUAUUUUGUCCGGAUAGCAUUUAUAUAUUUAUCCUGUUGAAGAGGAAAGUUGAUAAAACGGUUUAAUCGUAUUGCAAACCACAGCCUCUCAUCCUGUUACUUGUCCAUGUCAGGUAUUGGGUAAGUUAGCCAGUUAUUUGCUCCAGAUGCAUGGACUUGAUGAUGGAGGAAGCCGUAACCGACCAGCGGUAAUGUGAACCACCCUACGAUGGCGAGGAGUCCAACAAUCCUCUCGCACAUAAUUAUUCCCCAUGGGAUCUGAACCUGUGAACCCAAGCAGGGUAAUUAGAGGGUGAUUGUGAGCACAAUGCGCCGCAUCGCCAAGUUAUCGUCGUUCCACAACUCAUGAAUUCAGUAAUUUUUAUUAUUUUUAAUCAUUCAAACUUUUAUUUUGUAUAAUAGCAAUACCUUUGUAUUCUGUUUACUAAACUAAACUUACCAAUGGCCAUUCUUGACACUCACUCGACAAGAAGGAUUCAGCCUCUUAUUUGAGAGCGAGUCAAUUAUACAUGCCAUGGGUCAUUAUAUUAUACAUUAGUGAUUUUUGCUAUUAUCUCAAAUGUUGUUCUUUUUUUUCCUCUUCGGGGGAAUUUUAAGAUUUACAUUUUGAGUUUGUAUGAUUAAACUGUGCACUUCUUAAUUUUUGUUUCAUAAAUUGUCAAACAUAUUCUUUAUGAAUCGUUAUUGGAUCGAUUUUUUGGAAUUGAUCAAUUAUGUCAGACAACAUUAUCCUUAAGUUCAUGGCGCACUGUCAUUGUUUAUUGCGCUAUGCAUAUUAUAAAGGCAUAUCUGAUAAUAAAUGAUACACUUUGAUUCCCAUCCAUCGCUUUGUAGAAGUUGAAACUCAUUUUUCCAUAUGUCUUUCAUUUUGGUUCGCUCACGGUAUAAUCCCUUGAAGGCUAAAAUGAGCUGACUCACUGAUGACUCAUGUUUUACCAUUUAACUAGAAAAGUAUUUUGGCAAUCAAUAUAUUAUUGAAAAUAUUUGAAUUGAAUGGGUAGGAAUUGGUAUCUAUUUCAACCAUUUUGAAACUUUAUUGGUGUGACGUGUGAGCCUAUUAUCUGUUGUCAACCCUAUAAUGCCUGAAAGGAUAUAUUUUGAAAUAUAAAAUAUUUCUAAAAGGAAUGAUUCUUCUUUAUACAUGACUAAAUAUGCUUGAAUAAAGUUCCCAUUAAAAUGUAAAUAUAUAACUCAACUGUACUAAUAAUAAUUAUUUUUCCUAUUAUUCUUGAAAUUACAAGUUUAAAAUUUAUAACUGAAUUAUUAUGUAUGUAUUUCAUUAUUCAAAGUAGAGGUGUAGAGCAUUUGUAAAUUAGGAUGAUGGUAUAAUUUAUCACCACACAUCCUUUCACAAGCAAAAUUCUGGUAAAAUAUGGGGUAGGCUUUUAUUAUCGAAUUGUGUAUACAUCACUGGUGACCUUAUUUUUAUGUCGCACAUUGCUAUUGAUGUCUUUGUUGUUUUUUCAGA